AGGGGGACACAGGAGGGCUGCGACAGGCCCGGGAGGCCAGGAAAGGCCAGGGGAGGCAGGGGGCCUGCUGAGCCGCGAUGCCCCGGCCGGAGGAGCAGCAGCCGCUCGUGGCCCGGGCGCGCGCGUGGCGGCGGCGCGCGGCGUGCGCGGCAGUGCUGGCGGUGCAGGCGCUGGAGCGCGCCGCGUUCCUCGGCGUGGCGGCCACGCUCGUGCUGCGCCUGGGCGGCCUAGGCUGGGCGGACGCGCAGGCCUCGCUCGCCGCGCUGCUGUUCCUCGGCGCCUCCUUCGUGCUGGCGCCGCUGGGCGGCUGGGCAGCCGACGUGUACUUGGGCCGGCGCCGCGCGCUGGUGCUCAGCCUCGGCCUCUACCUGCCGGGCCUGGGGCUGCUGCUGGCCUCGGCCGCCGACGACGCCCGCCUGGCGCUGUGCGGGGACCUGCGCGCCGCCCCGCUGCGCCCCGCGCACGCGCGCACGCCCCCGCCCGGCCUGUACUGCGCGGCCCCGCUGUAUGGCGCGCUCCUGCUGGUCGCGCUCGCCUCCAGCUCCGUGCGCGGGAACCUCGCUGCCUUCGGGGCUGACCAGGUAAUGGGUCUGGGCCGCGACGCCACCCGCCGCUUCUUCAACUGGUUCUACUGGAGCAUCAACGUGGGGGCCGUGUUUGCGCUGCUGGUGGUGGCCUUCGUCCAGCAGAACGUCGACUUCCUGCUGGGCUACAGUCUCCCCCUGGGCUGCGUGUUCCUGGCCUUCUUCCUCUUCCUCUUCACCACCCCAGCCUUCAUCUCCAAGCCCCCCAUGGGCAGCCAGGUGUCCGCCAUGCUCAGGCUUGCCCUCCACAGCUGCUGCCCCUGGCUGUGGCGACCACGCGCUGCCAGGGAACCCCAAGGUGCCUACCUGCUGCCUGGCCCUUCCCCACAGGAGGAUGUUGCCAACUUCCAGGUGCUGGUGAAGAUCCUGCCUGUCAUGGCGACCCUGGUGCCCUACUGGAUGGUGUACUUCCAGAUGCAGUCCACCUACGUGCUGCAGGGCCUGCGCCUCCACAUCCCCAGGCUCUUCCCUGACAGCCCAACCAACACAUCCACAGCUCUGAAGGCCUGGGGCAGCGACUUCACGAUCCCUGAAGCCUGGCUCCUGCUGGCCAACGUGGUGGCUGUGCUCAUCCUGGUCCCCUUGAAGGACCACCUGCUGGACCCCCUGCUGCUGCGCUGUGGGCUGCUCCCCUCGGCCCUGCAGAAGAUGGCCCUGGGCAUGUUCUUCGGCUUCACCUCUGUUGUUGUUGCAGGUGUCCUGGAGAUGGAGCGUUUGCAGUACGUCCACCGUAAUGAGACCAUGCCCCAGGUGAUCGGGAGAGCCCUCCACUGGGCUGCACCGCUGUCCAUCUGGUGGCAGAUCCCCCAGUACCUGCUCAUCGGGAUCAGUGAGAUUUUCGCCAGCAUCCCAGGCCUAGAGUUCGCCUACGGGGCUGCGCCACGCACCAUGCAGAGUGCCAUCCUCGGCAUCUUCUUCUGCCUGUCAGGCGUGGGCUCCCUGCUGGGCUCCAGCCUGGUGGCUGCGCUGUCCCUGCCUGGGGGUUGGAUGCACUGCCCUGUGGAUGCUGGGAACACCGACAGCUGCCGCAUGGACCUCUACUUCUUCCUGCUGGCUGGCAUCCAGGCCGUCACCGCCGCACUGUUCGUCUGGAUCGCACAGCGCUACGAGAGGACCCAGCAGCACUCCCCCCGACCAGCCCCACCCCCCACAGCUGCCCUCAGCCCCGAGCACCCCAGUCCGGGACACAGCAGCAGCAGUGCCACCCCACGUGGCACCUUCUGAGUUUAUUCUGAAC